AUGCUUGCUGUGGUUGACGGCUAUUCCCUUCCAGAAGGUGUCGAGACAUGCAACAUUGUAGGUGGACCUCAUGGGACGAAUGGCAUCGGCAUUGAAUUUACUCCUCCAAAUGGCAUGUCACAAGAUCCAUUUCACGGCAGUAGGAAAAACUGUAUGACUCAUAAUUUGGCUUCGGACGAGUACAUUACAAACUGGGAAGCGCAAACUGUGAAAGCCAAAGGAGGGAAAGAGACGAGUCGUGAUGACAAGAAAGAAGGUUGCGAGGCCCCUCCGGAUCAUCAACUUGGUGGAUUUCAAGGGCGUUCGGGGGCUGAGAUUGAUGCGAUUGGUCCAAUUUGGGUGUUGGUGAAUCCUCUUAAGCGUGCCGACCCUGAUCCGCCUGCUUCAGAUACUCCAUCUGCUCCACCUGCUCUAGAUGAUCCACCUGCUUCGUCUGCUCCACCUGCUCUAGAUGAUCCACCUGCUUCGCCUGCUCCACCUACUCUAGAAUAUUUACUUGCUCUAGAUGAUCCACCCGCUUCGCCUACUCCUUCUGAUCAACCUAACCUGCUUGCUCCAUAUUAUCGACCUGGUCCACCUUAUCAAGCUGAUCCGACUCAACCUUAUACACCAUAUCAGUUUCAACCUUACACACAAAUCCCGCUUCAGUAUUAUCAACCAGCUUCGGUUCAACCGUAUCAACCAGCUUCAGUAGAAUCGUAUCGACCGCCUCAAUCGUAUCUGCCAUAUCAGUUUGUUCAGACGGGACAAAAUAAUCAACAAGAUCAGUCAUCGCCAGAAUUUGAUGUCAUGCAGAAGACUUAA